GGCACACACAGAGGAACUAGGAGAAUGGACCCCACCCGUGCCCUCCUCGAGCGUCUGUCCGACGGCGCGGUCGCCGGCGUGGUUGACUUCCGGGGCGACCCCGCGCCGCGCGCCUCCACCGGCCGAUGGCCCGCCGCGAUGUUUGUCCUCGUUGUGGAGAUCGCGGAGAGGUUCGCGUACAACGGCGUGUCGGCGAACCUGAUCAGCUACCUGACGGGGCCGCUGGCGGAGUCGACGGCCACCGCCGCGGUGGCGAUCAACGCAUGGAGCGGCGUGGCCAUGAUGCUGCCCUUGCUGGUGGCCUGCGUCGCCGACGCCUGGCUCGGGAGGUUCCGCACCAUCGUGCUCGCCUCCAUCCUCUUCGUUGUGAGCCUGGGGAUGUUAACCCUGUCCUCCGCGCUGCCGGCGUUCCACUCGGACGGGUGCAGCAGCUUCACCGCGCUCUCGCUCGCGUGCUCCCCGUCCCCGGUGCAGGUGACCAUCUUCUACGUCUCCCUGUAUAUGGUGGCGCUGGCGGAGGCCGGGCACAAACCAUGCUCGCAGGCGUUCGGCGCCGACCAGUUCGACCAGCACCACCCCAAGGAGUCCGUCUCCAGGAGCUCCUUCUUCAACUGGUGGUUCCUCGGCAUGUGCUCCGGCACCGCCGCCACCACCAUGGUCUCCAGCUACAUCCAGGACAACAUCGGCUGGGGCCUCGGCUUCGGCAUUCCCUGCCUCAUCAUGCUCUUCGCUCUCGCCAUCUUCUUGUUGGGCACCCGCAGGUACCGCUACUACACUUCCACCCACUCCAGCCCCUUCGCUCGCCUCGCCAGGGCCUUGGUUGCGCUCAUCACAGGCUCCAAAUCCAGCCAAUGUCUUCAGGCUUACUACAUUUUACAACCCCGGCCGAAAAAUCAAUGUGUUUGGUCUCUUGUAACAAGCACUACUCUUGCGGGUGAGGAUGCUGAGUUCAACGCGGAGCACCGCGAGGAAGUGAGGGGCCUGCUUCGUCUGUUCCCCAUCUGGACGACGUGCAUAAUCUACGCCGUCAUCAGCUCCCAGUCGCCGACGUUCUUCACGAAGCAGGUCGCGACGCUGGACCGGCGGAUCGGCGCCACUUUCCUCGUGCCGCCGGCGGCGCUGCAGACGUUCAUCUGCCUGACCAUCAUCGCCUUCGUCCCUGUGUACGACCGGCUCUUGGUGCCGGCGGCGAGGCGGUUCACGCGCCUCUCAACGGGCAUCACGAUGCUGCAGAGGAUCGGCACCGGGCUCGUGCUCUCGCUGGUGGCCAUGGUGGUGGCGGCGCUGGUGGAGGCGAAGCGGCUGGGCGUUGCAAGGGAGGCCGGGCUGGUGGACGACCCAAAGGCGGCGCUGCCGAUGAGCCUGUGGUGGAUGGUGCCGCAGUACGUGCUGUUCGGGGUGUCGGACGUGUUCGCCAUGAUCGGGCUGCAGGAGUUCUUCUACGACCAGGUCCCCGACGCGCUGCGCAGCCUGGGGCUCGCCUUCUACCUCAGCAUCUUCGGGGUGGGCAACUUCUUCAGUAGCUUCCUCAUAUCCGCCAUCGACGGCGCGACCAAGAAGAGAGGUGCCAGCUGGUUCUCCAACAACCUGAACCGCGCCCACCUCGACUACUUCUACUGCCUCCUCGCCGGGCUCUGCGCAGUGGAGCUGCUCGCUUUCAUCAUUGUUUCGCGCGUUUAUGUGUACAAGAAGAGGGUAGCUCACCAUGACGACAGUGGUGCUAUCUUGUAGUCUUUUUUUUUUGAGGGGUGCUGUCUUGUAGUCACUUGUAACUUUUUUUUUUGGAAAUUAAGGAGCUUUAUUGCGAAAUUGAGAUCCUGUUACAAUCAGCUAAAAAGCUGCGGACUAAAAAG